UUUUAAUUAAGACAUUAUUUAUUAUUUUCUCUUAAUUAAAACACACAACUACACAUACCAAAAAAGAAGAGGACACUGUCAGUAAAUUAUGCCAAAAACCAUCUCUCUAUAGCAAAUACCACCUCCGAGGCUAUAAAUGGCGCUAAACUUCAUCAUGACAACUAUGACAAACACUACUCUUUGACUCACUUCAUCUGCAGUCCCCCUGAAAACGAGAUCUGGAAAGGUCUUGAAACGUCGGAUUUACUAAAAUAAAAUAAAAAUGUAACUCUUACGCAAAAGUCUAAUGUUAAAUCAGUUACAAUUACACGCGUUUUAAUCCUUUAAAAGUGUUUUAUUUAAAUGUGUAACACUCGCAUUAAUCAAAGAAUUUACUACAGUCUAGUUCUUAUAGAUCUCCCUAGGAACAACUUGGCAGGAUACUCUCCUUGGACUGUAUUUGCGGUACAAAUCUGAGUCAGGCGGAGAUAGACGAUGUGCCGGAACACGUAAAGAAGGCAGCGCGGGAGAUGAACAGGAAAGUGUUCGAGGAACGGCUGCAGGAGAUCAGGAUGAGCGAGUUUGACGCGGGCCUGUACCAACAGUUCUACAGAGCGGUGCAGCCUCAGAUCAGUGCGUUACGUGGAGUACUCGCAGAGUUGCAGGCGAAGAAGAAGGAGAGGCAGUGGAGCAGACACCAGACUAGCGGGGAGUUGGACGACGGGAAGAUUAUUGAAGGUAUAACAGGCGAGAGAUCAAUAUACCGCCGUCGAACAGAACAGGAGCCACCGCCCGGUGCGCCGCCGGACAAACCCAAGAGACUGAGGCUAGUGCUCGACGUGUCCGGUAGUAUGUACAGAUUCAAUUCAUACGAUGGUCGUUUAGAACGAUCGAUGGAAGCAGUAGUUCUAUUGACGGAGGCGCUAAAAGGCUACGAGUCCAGGAUACGAUACGAUAUGUACGCGCACUCAGGAGAGGAGCACGCGCUAGAACUGGUGCGAGUCGAUCGCCCUCCCGACAACGAGAAGGAGAGGUUACAGAUAAUCCGCACCAUGCACGCGCACGCGCAGUUCUGCUGGUCGGGUGACAACACCCUGCCUGCUAUGCGACAUGCCAUCACCACUCUGGCGGGGAAGGAUGCUGACGAGGCCAUCCUCGUGGUGUUAUCUGACGCCAAUUUGCGCCGGUACGGUAUAUCGCCACAAGAGCUGGGCAGUAUCCUGAUGUCGGACCCUCGAGUGCAAGCGCAUGUUGUGUUCAUUGGAAGUUUGGGUGACGAAGCCAACACGUUGCUACGCGCCUUGCCAGUUGGCCACGCCCACGUGUGCAUGGAAGUGUCGUCACUGCCGCAUAUCAUGCAGCAGAUAUUCGCCUCCUCGCUGUUGCAGAACUCCUAGUACCAACAAUCAAUCAGCACGCACAAUAUUAGCGCAUCGGACAUGAAAACUAUGAUGAAAAAUUUUAAAGACUUUAUUCGACUUUCUUUUUAGCUAUACUUUUAGCAAAUUAAAUAUGUAGUUUUUUUUAUAAUUAAAUGGUCGCAGGCGGCUCGGU